CUGCAGCGAACAUGGCGGCUCGCAUCUGAUGGAAACUGAGGAUUCUCUGACCAAAAUACGCUGCUCACACGCUCGGUGAUUUCCUUUUCAACAUCCUGUGGUCAACAUGGGCCGCACUCCACACAGAGAUCAGAAAGAGGAGAAGAAGGAGCGGAGGAGCGGCCUCUCUGUGGGGUCUGCCCUUGACAAAUCCACUGAACCAUUUAGUUGGGAUGACUAUCUGAAAGAAACCUCCUCCAUCGCAGCCCCGCCCUCAUGCUUCAAACAGUCCAGAGUCCCUCCCUCCAAUGACUUCAAGGCGGGCAUGAAGCUGGAGGCGCGGGACCCUCGAAACUCCAACUCUGUGUGCAUCGCCACGGUGAUGGGCAUGGUGGGCACGCGGCUACGGCUCAGACUCGACGGAAGUGACAACACCAACGACUUCUGGAGAUUGGUCGAUUCGUCCGAGAUUCAGCCAAUAGGAACGUGCGAGAGGAGCGGUGACAUGCUGCAGCCGCCUCUAGGUUUUAGGAUGAAUGCUUCUUCGUGGCCUAUGUUCCUUCUUCGAACUCUGAGUGGAGCAGAAAUGGCCCCAAGUUCUGUUUUUAAGAAGGAACCUGUGAGUCCAGCGAAAAACAUGUUCCAGCCUGGGAUGAAACUGGAGGCGGUGGACAGGAAGAACCCAUAUCUGAUCUGUCCCGCCACGGUAGGAGAGGUCAGAGGUCAGGAGAUAUUCGUCAUGUUUGAUGGAUGGAGGGGGGCCUUCGACUACUGGUGCCCCUACGACUCCAGAGACAUUUUCCCGGUCGGAUGGUGCGCCAUGACUAAACACAGCCUACAGCCCCCGGGGAACUUCUGUGAGUAUGAUUUAUGGUUUAUGGGAGGGUGUGGUGUCCAAUACUGA